AAAGCGGCUGGAACCCGCCAGGACCUGAAGCCACAGAAAGUGCGUGCUCAGCUGCCUUCCCCGCUUUGGGGGCAGAAGGCAGAGGAGAGUUCCUGGAAGCGUCAAGCUCGCAGGCCGGUUGGAGACUAGGCUGCAGAGAUUUUCUGAGUAGACGGUGCCUGUCCCCACCCCUCACCCUCAAGCCCCCACUGGUGGACAGGGAGAAGUAAAAUCCACAGAUUGUCACCAGAGUCCCUCAGAGCACAAGCCUGCCUGGUCCUCUCUCCCUUGCUGAAUGGCACUGGCUGCAGCAGCCCACUGAGGGCUCUGUCCUCGAGAUCCUGGACGUGUAAGUGGACCCCAGGCCGGAAGAUGCUGAGUUCCAUCAAGUGUGUGUUGGUGGGUGACAGCGCCGUGGGGAAGACCUCGCUGUUGGUGCGCUUUACCUCUGAGACCUUCCCAGAGGCCUACAAGCCCACAGUGUAUGAGAACACGGGGGUGGACGUCUUCAUGGAUGGUGUCCAGAUCAGCCUGGGCCUCUGGGACACGGCUGGCAAUGAUGCCUUCAGGAGCAUCCGCCCCCUGUCCUACCAGCAGGCCGAUGUGGUGCUAAUGUGCUACUCUGUGGCCAACCAUAACUCAUUCCUGAACUUGAAGAACAAGUGGAUUGGGGAGAUCAGGAACAACCUGCCCUGUACCCCCGUGCUGGUGGUGGCCACCCAGACGGACCAGCGGGAGGUGGGGCCCCACAGGGCCUCCUGCAUCAACGCCAUCGAAGGGAAGAGACUGGCCCAGGAUGUGCGAGCCAAGGGCUACCUGGAGUGCUCGGCCCUCAGCAACCGGGGGGUGCAGCAGGUGUUCGAGUGUGCUGUCCGGACUGCCGUCAACCAGGCCAGGAGACGAAACAGGAGGGGGCUCUUCUCCAUCAGUGAGUGUAAGAUCUUCUAGAUCCCAGCACGUCCUCAACACUCAGGACUCACCCUCGAGACCAACAGGGGCAGGGGGAGAGGCAAGCUGGGAAGGUCGAGGCUCCUUCUGGGCCCCUCCCAAGCAGCUUUUGCUUUUGGAUACAAGGACAAGACCUGGCCAUUGCAUGUUUUGACUAACGUCACCCUCUAAAUGAUUCCUUGUCCAGUACCGUCAGCGAAAUCCCUGGAAAGCCAUAAUGAAUAUUCCGUCUUCCAUUAAAGAAACGAGAAUGGCCUCCAUAAUUUUGGACACUGAGUGAGUUCUUCAAGUACUCCAUAGUGAAAGACACACUUUAUUUAAAUGACAACAAAUCGUAUCACUCUUGUAUGUAAUUAGUUAUCUUUUCCUGUAUACUUGGGAACAAAGUGCUGUCUAAGUGAAAUAAUGGUGUGGGCUCUGCCAUGUUUGUAGUGUUAAUUUUCACCUGAACCAGUCACUGGGUUGACACCACUUGUCUGCUGGAUUGCUUUAGUUAAUCAAAUUUUAAAAUAAUCACGAACUCAUUUUUACAAUUCAUUUUCCAUUGUUGUUAUUGAGAAUUGUAAUGUAAAACCCAGUUCCAUAAGGUAUUUUAAUACUGCCUAGUGAUUUUAAACUUACCACUGUUUGUCUCUGUAAUUAUAAAAAGGCAUUUCUUAUUUAUAAUAUUAUC